AUGGACUCCAAGAGAUCAACAGGGCCUGGUAUAAAUGUGGUUCAGAUCAACCAGGCGCGAGAGGCGUUUGCUCAAACGGUAAGGGCCAGAAACCCACGCAAUAGUUCACAGCCCAAUCCAAACGCCAAUGCCAAUGCCAAUGCCAAUGCAUCGGCUGUUUGGGAUACCCAUAGAACCGUAGAGUCAACAGUAAUGGCCAAACCGCGUCAUAAAUGUAUGAACCCCAAGAAUCCCAGCUGUGCACAUUGCGCAGCGGUGAUAAUUCCAGCACCCGUUGCAUCUCUACCAGCAGAAGACACACCAUCGAUAUCCGUGGAAGACUGGGUAAUCACUACACGCAAAAAACCAAUACUCAACUCACAGGAACUGGAACAGUGGGAACAGAUUCUAGGCCCACUUGCACUUCCAGAAAUGAUCUUUGGAAACAGUUUUGUAAGGAUCGAAAAUGCAAAACACAACUGGAGUUUAGAAUUCAAUGCUCUUGAUGCACUGAAAGCCGUCAAGCUCGAAGAUUCUGGGAUCCGCGUUUCGUAUGCAAACAAGUGGAUCGACUCUAAGAAGAAACAGCAAAGAACCUCGGAUUUAGACGAUUCGUCUUUGCAAAUAGGGCAACAUUACGACUGGACCUACACUACAUCUUACAAAGGGACUGUAAAUGCUCAAAACACACAUCAUACGCCUUCUGAGGAUGAUUCUGAGGUUUUACCACUCGAGAAGCUAACACGGCCCGAUCCCAUCUUGUUUUAUGACGAAAUGAUUCUGUUCGAAGACGAGCUGGCAGAUAAUGGUAUAAGCGUGGUAAGCGUGAAAGUGCGUGUCAUGAGCGAACGAGCACUUAUUCUAAGCAGGUUUUUCCUCAGAGUAGAUGGUGUUUUGUUUCGAGUCUACGACACGCGGGUGUACGUUGAAUUUGACGAAAACAAAGUGGUGAUAGAACAUAAGGAACAUGAGGGCGACUACAAAACCGUUCUUAACAAACAAAAAGCUGGUCAAUCGCGGGAUCCAAAAGCGAUUUUGAGGGACAGUAAUUGGGUCGUUCAACAAUUAUCGCUAGUAAAGCGAGAAUGCGAAGUUUUACAACUAUAA